CAUAAGUGAAACCAUCUCAUACUAUGUUGUGUGUAGCACUGGGCCUUUCUUUCACUGGUUUGGGGGACUGCUCCUGUGCCAAGCUUUGUUCCAGGCCCAAAGUAAUACCCCAAAGUGGCUACUCAACAACAAACCCCUGUCUCAGAUAUGACCAAUUGAUGAAUCUCACAUAAAGUCCUUCUUUUGGAGAUUCUUGAAUCUGCUUGUGGAUUAUGGAUACCAAAAAGGACCAGUAUGAUGGUGAAGAGAAUGACAUAAAUAUGAGGCCUUAUUCUUUGGGACAUUACACAACUCAGGGUUUAAGACAGCUUUAUGAGAACCAUCAGCUCUGUGAUGCCACCUUGGUUGCUGAAGGAAAGAAAUUCCCAUGUCAUAGGGCUCUGUUGGCCUCAUUCAGCCCCUACUUCUAUGCUAUGUUCACCAGGCCGUUUAGGGAAUGUUGGGAAAGACAUGUUGUGUUUGAAGAGAUGAAAUCUUCCAUCCUUCAGAGAAUCCUAAAUUAUAUCUACACUGGGGAAUUAUUGCUCAUACCUGAAACUGCUCAGGAUCUCUUCACAGCAGCUAGCAGGCUUAUCAUCCUCCCAUUACAGGAGAUCAUUGGCAAAUUCUUGGCUGACAGUAUUUCUAUGGACAGCAGCCUAGGGACUUAUGCUUUGGCAUAUGCUCAUAACCACCAUGCUUUGCUCCGUGUGGCUGCACAUCACAUUUUCUUGAACUUUGAACCUCUUUCUGCACAUGAGACCUUCCCAGGCCUGGAUCUUAGCACAGUGGUCAGCAUUAUUUCUUCAGACAAACUUCUAGUAUCCUCAGAACUGACUGUGUACCAUGCUGUGCAGCACUGGGUGAGGUCUCAACCAGCUGAGCAUCUGUCACUGAUCAAGAAGCUCAUGAGACAAGUCCGCCUCCCACUUCUAACAUCUGAGGAGGUUGCUACUGUCCAGCAAGAUAUCAUUGCAGAAUAUGGGCAUGCACAUUUGCAAUGGGAGCAGCUGGAUGGAGCUGGGAGACUCCUGAAGUGUGGGGGUCUCAGGCAUGGCAUGUAUGAUGACUGGAUUGUGAGUUUGGGCCUUUUUGUAAGCAACAUGCAAGGAGGAGUGGUUGAACGUCUGAAAACUCAUUUCUUGGGAUUCAACCUGCAGAUGGAAAGUUGGGAGGAAAUCCCACCUUUGAUGUACCUUGACUCCUCUGGCUUCUUGUCUGUGGGGCACAAGCUCUAUGUCUCUGGGGGGCAAAGGCUCAAUGGAUCUGUCUUAGGCAAUCUACAUGAAUUUGAUGCUCUUACAGGCCAGUGGAUACAGCUGCCUUCCAUGUCCAUACCCCGUCGUGAACACGGCUUUCUAGCAUGUAAACAGAAACUCUAUGCACUGGGGGGACGGAGUGGAAGAAGUGUGCUUGAUUCUGCAGAAAGCUUUGACUUGGUACAGAAGUUCUGGUCUCCCAUUGCCAGCCUACCCUUUGCAGUCAGUCAUUUUGCUUCUGCCACCCUGAAAGACAAGCUGUACCUAAUUGGAGGAUUCUCUCACACAAGGGCAAGUGGCCUUGCUCAUCGUGGCAUCCUGAUUUAUAAUACAAACUUAAAUGUGUGGAACCAGGUGCCCCUGGCUUUUCAGUGUUACAAAUCAACGGCAGUGACCAUGGACAAUGGGAUUUUUGUAAUAGGUGGAUUAGUUGAGGAAAGCAGCCGGCGUGAGACCCCUGGCACUGUAAUCCGAGCUCUGAUUUCUGGCACCCAUAAGUGCUUUUUCCUCAGCAAGGAUGGUACUGUGAGCCAGGAUGUUGCCAUUCCAGAGCUCCCCAUCCUGGUCUUGCCGCCCUGUGCAGUGCAGUGGCAAAGACGAAUUCAUGUGCUGGUAGGGAAUACAAUUUACCAAUGGAAGCCUGGAGAGCCCAGUUGGACCAGAAGUCGAAAAAGUGCUCCCAACACAAGGGUGACAUUCUUAACUGUGGUUAAUGGUGUGAUGCUGAGGGUACCAAAGAAAGCUCUGCAGCCCCUUUUACGAGAAGCCUCAGCAGCACUGACAGCAGUUUGGGUAGCUGAUCAACAGCCUUAUUGAUGCUCCCAAAUCCAGGUCACUUCCUCAGUUUCUCCAUGGCACCCAGAAGUGGGAGUACCACCAUACCAAGCUGUUCCCCUUGAGAUCGUUAGUCCUGAUUUCUUUAAGAUUUGAAUACACGUACAUUGUUUGCUUCUUAUAGCACUUGAGACAGGGUGUCUAAGGCUGAGACUAGUGGCCUAACUACUGAAUAAAUCACAUUCCUACCA